AACAGCGCAACAAGAGAGAGCUGCAGGCAGGAGAAGAGAGAGAGAAUAAACACUGUCUCUCCAUUUCCCCAGAAGACUGAUAAUAUUAUCACAGGAGACUAGCCAUAUUUCACAGGAUGGCUUUCGACCUGCAUCCCAGCGCACCUCUGAGCGGGAUCAUCUGGGAGAAGGUUCUACCCCCCAUGCUGCCUCGGCUCGGGGACACACUCGGAUCUUGCGCAUGGACCCCGAGCGAGCUGCUGAUCCCGGUUAAAGAGCACACAGGAGCAGCACAGGUUGUUUGUGAUCAAAAUGGAUUUACUGUGCAACUCGAUGUAAAACACUUCAAUCCUGAUGAGCUGAUGGUGAAAGUCAAAGGCGACUAUGUUGUGGUAGAGGGAAAACACGAACAGAAAAAGGAUGGUUCUGGAUUAGUGACCCGGGAGUUUAACCGAAGGUACCGCAUCCCAAACGAAGUGGACGCCAUGAAUCUGGAGUGUGCAGUGUCGCCAGAGGGAAUGCUGGUUAUUUCUGCCCCCUUGCUGAAGGUUGAAAAUGCCGAGUCACCUACACACUCGGUAUCAGGAGUGUAAAGACCCUCCACGUUAACAGAUGGACUUUCAAAUAUUCGUGUAAUUUUUUUCCCCCAAGAUGCAUUUUUAUUACUCUCAAAAGGAUGAGCUUCAGGAGAAACAGACCAAUUUUCUUCUUGCAUGCAAGCUAGCGGCUAAUAUUUCCAAAUUCCAAUUCCAAACAUGUUUGAUACCAAGCCAAACAACACAUUAUUAAUCCUAUUUGUUAGGCAUUUUAAUAAUGUUAGGCUUCGAGGCGCACCAAAGAUAUCUGAGCUUAUUUCAUAAUCCAUCUCGAAUUUUCCAGAUUGUUCUAAAAAUUCUAGGAUUGCUGUUUAAUAACAGGUGCACAUAUCAGAUACUGAUGGACUUCUGAGUCUCAAAAGUAACCUAACUGUUAUUGCUGAGUUCAUGAGUGUACAUAUUCAUUAAUAACUGUUUUUUUUUGUAAGUGUUGAGUAAAAAUCA